GUCGAGACUCAGAGGAUCACUCGAAGCUCUUUACACGUAUAUGUAUGUAUAAAGAUUUCAGUCACACUAUUCAUAAUUAUUCUUUUAUCGCAAGGAAAACUUAUUCGAUUAUAUGAUUACGAAUGAGGUGAAAAUAAGCGACGACGAAGAAUAUGAAUGACAUAGGAGAAGCUGGAGUCAUGGAUAUUCAACUGAAAACUGAGAAGGAAGUCAGCGAAGAUACAUUAUAUUUCUCAAAAGCAGUAGAAAAGUUGGCUGAAGGUCUUUUGGGUAUUUGUCAGCCUCCCUUGGAACAAGUUAAAAAUGAACUUUUUGAACUCACAAGUAAACAAGAAGCUUUGCUCGCUCAAAUGCAACUUGAAAACAAAAAGAUACAUGAAACAUUUGAAGAUAUAGAUUUAAAUGAUAUGUUUGCAGCUAUUAAAGUUUACCAAGGAAAAUUAACAUUGAUAAGAAAGGAAAUGAUUAAUAUUCAUGAAAGAACUUACAAAUUAAAGAAACGUGCAUUACGUUUACAACAGAUUAAGCAAAAGGAAGCAUUAAAUAAGGAACAACAACGCGAGCAAGAAUUGCGCAGAGAACAGGAAUUGAUUGGUAAAUCUAAUUCAAAUAAUUAACAAAUUAAUCGAAUAAUUAAUGGUGUAUAUAUUAAAAGAUAAUAAAUAGCUUAUAUAAAAAUCGUAUGUAUAAGAGAUAUACAGCGGAAGAUAAAAUGCUAUAGACUGGUAAUCGAUAAGCAGACAAUUAUUGUUUGUAAUAAAACAUAUGUAAAAACUGUUAAAGUCUUUGCCUAUAUAAUAUAUAAAUGAUGCUUGAUUUCUGGAUACUUUACUUAGCCAAUUACUUGUCUCUGCAAUCUGUUUUGGAAAAAAAUUAUAUUUUUCGUCUUUUUCUCUCUUUGAAGU